AUGGCGUCCUCUCACUUUGCAGCCAGCAUCAAGAGAAGACUCCCAGCAGACGACGAGGGGAAAGAUCCGAGAAACAAGCGCAAAGACGGACGCUCGCCACAGGGAUUCAAGCAGCUGUGCUGCUGCCUCCAUACGCUCUCCAGGCUCCGUGGAAAGUGUUUCAUGGCAGAGAUGAAGCCAGUGAUUCCAGUAAGCCCGGACACUCAUGCUCUGCCAUUCUUCCUGGAGCUGGUCCCGCACAGCUCUUUCAGGAGGGAGUGA